UUUGAUUGGUGUAAAAUAUGUGGUGGUGUUUCUUCAUUUUUCCAACAGUGUUGGCUCUCCGGGACAUCGAACCUCCACCACCUACCCCCGUAACACGAAACACCCCUAUUGAAAGUUGGUUAACAGUCAGACUAAACCACUUCGAUGCCUCGAACACAGAGACUUUUCAGAUGAGAUACCUCUACAAUGAUGAGCUCGCGAAUUCCACUAACAUCGUGAUAUUCGUGGGGGGAGAGUGGGCCAUCUCCCCUGGCUGGCUCACUGGCGGACUGGCGUUUGAACUGGCGGAGAGCGCUCAAGCUGCAUUAUUCUACACCGAGCACAGAUACUACGGACUCACUAGGCCUACCAGUGAGACCAGUGUACAUGAUCUUCGCUAUUUGAACGUGGACCAGGCGCUUGGGGACCUGGCGCAGUUCAUCCAACAUGUCAGGAGUGACAGCUUCGAGAAUGGGAGAUACAGGAACGGUAGCGUGGCUUUGGUGGGGUGCUCCUACGCAGGCAGCAUGGCGACUUGGAUGAGACUUGCGUACCCUCAUCUCGUCACCGUGGCACUCUCUGACAGCGGGCCUUUGCAUGCUCAGGAGAACUUCCCAGAAUAUCUAGAAGUGAUAACAGAAGCACUUCGCUCGCAAGGCAGCGAAGCGUGCGUGACUAGUAUUGAGGACGCUAUGAGGAAUAUAACCGCCUUGCUGGCUACUCCUGCCGGGGUGCAGAGGGUUUCACAACUAUUCAACACCUGUGGCCCUUUGGAAGCCUCCUCGCCCUUGGACCUGGCAACGUUCUACUGGUUCGGAAUCACAGAAACGUUUGCCUACUUAGUUCAAUACGCAACGCCGGGUGACAUACCUAGUGCUUGUAACCGAAUCACUAACAGCACUAUAAGCUCUGAUCCAGUGGAGCGUUUGGCCUCCUGGAUAACUUCGCAAUCCACGACUCAACCGUGCAUCGAAUCUCGGUACUCCGUGCAAGUUGCCGCCCACACCAACACCAGCUAUGAUUCACCACAGGCUACCAUGCGCCUGUGGACGUAUCAGACGUGUGUGGAGUAUGGCUGGUAUCAAACCACCACCAGCUCGCGACAGCCAUUCCUCUCCACUGUACCAUUGGAGUACUUCCACCAGAUGUGCACGGAUUUCUUCCCUAAUCUUUUCGACACAGCGCUACUCCGCUCAGGCAUAGCUCGCACCAACAAGCUGUUUGCGGGGUUGACCCACCUGCCCGACCACGUGAUCUCAGUAUCAGGGGGCCACGACCCUUGGGCCCCCAUGGCGCCCAAUACGACACACGCGACACACUUGGCCCCCGUGUUUGUGGUGCCUGAUGUGUCACAUUGUAGAGCUAUCAGGGCGACAAAUAACAGCGAAACAGAAGAACUGGAGAAUACAAAACGGAGAAUCCUGCAGCACAUGGAUCGCCUGAUGACGGGCCGCACUGAGUCCGGCGCUAGCAAUAUAAUAUUGUCACCCAUUUUACUUGUCUUUGGGAUCCUUUAUUUAGUACUGUGAUAGAU